GAGAAGAUUAAAAUUAUGGUGCUUGGGUGGUCUGGCCAGAAGGAAGCUGGAACACAGCCUUCGUCGAAGAGAAACACCCUUGAAGCAGAGCCUGCAACGUCUCAGGCAGCAGAGACUCCGUCAGAUGACUCGCCACCUCCAGUUGAGCCCAACAUCAAACCAAUUUUAACCUCCGUGCCAUCUAGGAUCAGUGAUCUUACCAUGGGCGAAGACAAUACGGGUCAGUGUCUGGCAACGGUGAUUGGCAACAUUGGAACAUUUUGCUUUGGCAUCGCCAUUGGCUGGUCGGCACCGGCCAAGGCGCUGGUUAUGCACAACGACGCGUACAGCUUCACGCCCUCGAAGCAGGAGUGGACGUGGGUGUGCGCCCUGCUGACCCUUGGAGCGGCAACCUGGAGCAUUCCGAUGGGCCUGUUGAUGAAGAGUCAGGGCUGCAAGAGGGUCAUGAUCCUGCAGCUGGUGCCCAUCGGGCUGGGCUGGAGCAUGCUGAUAUUCGCCCAGAGUGUGAACAUGCUCUACGUGGGACGCUUUAUGCAGGGAAUGUGCGGUGGUGCGCUCUGCGUGGUGGUGCCCGUCUACACCGUCGAGAUCAGCCACAUCCGCCACCGUGGGGCGCUGGUCUCUGUCUUCCACGGCGCCUUCAUGCUGGGCGUGAUCUACAGCUACGCCAUAAGCCCGUUCCUGGACCUGUGGGUCAUCAACAUCGUCAACGUGGGGCUGCUGCUCCUCUGCCUGCUGCAGUUCCUCAUCCCCGAGUCACCCUCCUACUACUGCUCGCGCGGUAACUACUCCCAGGCCGAUAAGUGCCUGCGCUGGCUGCGUGGCAAGAAGUACGACACCCGCAAAGCGAUGCGACAGCUGACGAUCGAGGGAACGAGAAGCGAAAUUGCACUCCAGCAGAACAUUAUGCUGGGAUUCAAGCGCAAAAAGACGAGGCGCAGCCUUUGCCGGGCAUCGGCUCUGACCAUCAUGCAGACCCUGAGCGGCUCCACGGUCUUCAUCUUCUACUCGAUCAACAUCCUGCUCAGCUUGCACUUGAACUACGAGUGCUCUGCUGCCCUAGCGGUGGCCGAUGUUUGCGGCUUUCUUGUCUGCUUCAUGCUGGUGGACGUGGCCGGGCGCAGGCCACUCUUGAUCAUCACCUCGCUCGUGACCUUCGUCUGCACCAUAUACACGGGGAUCUGCUUCCAGCUGCAGCUGAUAACCGACCAUGAGAACAGCGUCUCGUGGGCCUCCCUGGUUUCCAUGUCCUUGUGCUCGCUCGCCUACACCGCAGGCCUUGGCCCGCUGACUUGGCUGAUCAAUGUGGAGCUCUUCGUGACGCCAAUGCGGCCUCUGGGUUGCUCCCUCAGUGCCACCUUCAACUGGCUGACCGCAUUCGCUGUGGUCAUGUGGUACGGAUCUGGCCCUGAGUACCGGCUCGCCAAGCCGGGCGUCUUCUUUCUGAUGGCCACCGUCUCGCUGCUCGUCUGCAUUUACGGUAUCAUAUUUUUGCCCGAAACCAAGGGGCUGACGACCCACAGGAUCCAGCAGAAGCUUGGGGGCUUUAUGAACCAGAGGAACGUGCCAUCCAUCGAUUCCAGCAGCGACGAGUCUGACUAUUGAGUCAUAUUAUGUCUGCCAAUAAAUC